AUGGCCACUGCUCGUCUGCCAAAUGAUGACUUUUACAAAAACAAUGAUGAUAAGUCUUUGGAAAUAUUCUCAAUUAUUUGGCUCGAUGCAAAUGUAGACGUUAAAGGCGCUCGAAACACAGAAGUAAAAUUACGUUCGAUUAUCAAUCAUAUUAAGAAAUUUCAAGAUGUAAAACAAUGUCAACAAUAUAUUGAACAAGCAUCACAAAAGGAUCGAUUAAUACUUAUUGUUAGUGGUCGAUUAGGACGAGAAAUAGUACCUUACAUUCAUCAACUUCGACAAGUUAUAUCAAUUUAUGUUUAUUGUAUGAAUAAGAAGAAUAAUGAGCAAUGGACUCUAAAAUUUUUAAAAAUAAAAUCCGUUGUUGCUGAUCUUGAUGAACUUGUCUUUCAAAUCACAACAAAUCAUAAAAUUCAGAAAAAGAUAGAAGAACCAUUAUCAAUUAAUAUUUUCUCAACAGGUAUUAAUGCAGGAAAAUCAACAACAGGAGUUAAUGGACAAUUUGUUUUUUCUCAACUUCUCGUUGACUGUCUUCUACAAUUAAAAUCCACUGACAUAGACGAAAAUGAACUUAUUAAGCUUUGUGUAGAUGAAUAUGAAGGAAAUCAUACAGAACUAAGUAAUCUUCGUGAAUUUCAAGAAUAUUAUGUACCUGAUAAAGUGUUAUGGUGGUAUACAAAAGAAACAUUCUUCUACAAGGUUCUUAAUGCAGCUUUACGUACACAAAAUAUUCAUGUGAUUUUUCUAUUUCGAUCGUUGAUUUACGAUAUUUAUCGUCAGUUGCAAAAAUAUCAAUGUAAGAAGUUUGUACGCGUUUAUCGAUGUCAGUUAAUGUCGAUCCAUGAAUUAAAUAGUCUUAAACAAAACAUUGGCCAGUUCAUUUCAAUAAAUUCAUUCUUCUCCACAAGUGAUGAUCGUUCAACAGCUCUCUUCCUCCUAGGUGAUAUAACAACACAGAUUGAUUCAGAACGAGUAUUAUUUGAAAUUGAUGCUGAUCCUAAGAUAGUCAAUACAAAACCAUUUGCUGAUAUUAGUAAACAUAGUUAUUUUCCAGUUGAAUCAGAAGUUCUCUUUAUGAUAGGUUCUAUUUUUUGUCUUAAUAAUAUUCAUCGUAAUGAUGAUCAAAUAUGGAUCAUUAAAAUGACUUUAUGUGAUGAUGAUGAACAUGAUUUAAAACAAGUUCUUAUGUAUAUGAAACAACAGAUUGAAAGUCGUGAAAUGAAUCUUCGAAUAUUAGGAAAUUUAUUAUGGGAAAUGGGUAAAUUUGACUUGGCUGAAACAUAUUUUACUCGUUUGUUGAAACAACUUUCAUCAAAUGAUCCAUUAAAUAUCAGUUUAUAUGAAGACCUUGGUAAACUGGCGUCUCAGAGAGGUGAUUAUGAUAUGAGUAUGAAAUGGCGUCAAAAACUACUGACAUUCAAAGAGAAACAUCCAUUAGCUACCAAUCUUAGUGUUUAUAAAAGAAACAAUUCCAUCGAAAAAUCAACUCUUCCGAAUCAUAUUAAUAACAACAGAAAAUGGAAACAACAUGGAGUUACUAUUGCUGGAGGAAAUGGACGAGGCAGUCAAUCAAAUCAACUCGAUUAUCCUCAAGGUAUCUAUGUUGAUGAUGAUCAUCAAACUAUUUAUAUUGCUGAUUGUGAUAAUCAUCGUAUUGUUGAAUGGAAAUACGGAGCAAAGAAUGGUCACGUUGUUGCAGGUGGAAAUGGACAAGGAAAUCGAAGUGAUCAAUUGAAUUGUCCAGCAGAUGUGACUGCUGAUAAAAAGAAUGAUUCUCUCAUCAUUUGUGAUAGAGGAAACAGUCGAGUGGUACGAUGGUCUCGUCAAAAUGGUACAAAUGGAGAAACAAUCAUUUCUGAUAUUCAUUGCUCUCGUCUAACAAUGGAUAAGAAUGGAGAUCUUUAUGUCUCUGAUUGGAAGAACAAUGAAGUGAGACGAUGGAACCAAGGAGAGAAAAAAGGAACAAUAGUAGCAGGUGGAAAUGGAUACGGAAAUCAUCUCAAUCAACUCUAUUGGUCCACUUAUAUCUUCGUUGAUGAAGAUCAUUCAGUUUAUGUAUCGGAUAGUGACAAUCAUCGUGUGAUGAAAUGGAUGAAAGGUGCAAAAGAAGGUAUUGUUGUUGCCGGUGGAAAUGGUGAAGGAAGUAGUUUGACACAAUUUUCUUAUCCUAUGGGAGUGAUUGUCGAUCAUUCGGAUAAUGUUUAUGUGGCUGACUAUGACAAUCAUCGAAUAAUGCGUUGGUGUGAAGGAUCUAAAGAAGGUAGUACUGUUCUUGGUGGAAAUGGAGAAGGACGAAAACCAAAUCAGUUCAAAUGUCCCGAAGGUUUAUCAUUCGACUUUCGAGGUAAUCUCUAUGUUGUCGAUUAUUACAAUCAUCGAAUACAAAAAUUUGAAAUUGAUUUGAAUUAA